AUGGGUGUAAAUUUCAUCUCUGUAGUACCGUCACCACCUAACGAGGCACAUAGUCUUGAGAAGGGCGCAUCCAGGGAUAUAGAAAUAAAGCUACUUGAUGGGAAAGUACAAAAUGUAUAUUCUAAUGAAACCCAAUGCACACAAAAUAUAUAUUCAAUGCACAUCGUUGGAUUCUAUUUAAUUCUUGAAUUUGCUAACGGGAUUACAGUGAUCUGGGAUAAACACACCAGAUUUUCGGUAACACUGACUACAGAAUGGCAAAACAAAAUAUUUGGCCUCUGUGGAAAUUACAAUUCCCGGACUGAAGAUGAUCUCAUGACAAAGUCAAAAUCUUUGAUGACCGAUACUCUGGAAUUUGCAGCAAGCUGGAAAUCUCCAAAGCCAUGCUGUGCAAAAAUAACGCAAAUUUCCCCUUGUGACAAAAACCCAUAUUGUUACUCAUGGGCUGCAAGGAAAUGCGCCAUCAUUACAGGAGUCAAUUUUAAAGGAUGCCAUAAAAUGGUUGACCCGGAUCCAUACUACAAUGCUUGUGUUGAGGAAGCAUGUGCCUGUGACAUGGAAGGAAGAUUUUUGGGUUUUUGUACUUCUGUAGCAGUGUAUGCAGAAGCUUGUAAUGCAGCUGGUAUUUGUGUUGAUUGGAGAACUUCAGAAUCAUGUCCUAUAUACUGUGACUAUUAUAAUCAUGAUGUUGAAUGCACCUGGCACUACAAAGCAUGUGGAACAGCAACUCAAAAGACAUGCAGUGACCAUCCUAUUGGCAAAAAGUUCUCCACACUUCUUGAAGGUUGCUAUGCAAAAUGCCCUAAGCAUGCUCCUUAUCUGGAUGAAAAUACAAUGAAAUGUGUUCCCUUAUCUCAAUGUACUUGUUACUAUAAUGGACUAUUACUGCAACCAAAUGAAGUGCAAAUUACAAACUGUGGGCAAUGCACAUGCCGAAAUGGAACCAUUAUCUCUGGACCAACACCAUUUGGAGGAACAGGAAGACCAACAACUUCAGAGACCACCAUCAGUGCGCCAACACCAACUACUGUGACAGGUGUAAUAGCCGCUUCAGAGACUGGCAUUACGGGGCCAACACCAUUUGGAGGAACAGAAAGACCAAUCUUUUCAGAGAGCACCAUCAAUGUGCCAACACUAACGACAGUGACAGGUGCACUUUCCACUUCAGAGACCAGCAUUUCUGGGCCAACACCAUUUGGAGGAACAGGGAGACCAACAACUUCAGAGACUACCAUCAGUGGUGUGCGAACACUAACGACAGUGACAGGUGUACUUCCUGCUUCAGAGACCAGCAUUUCUGGGCCAAAGCCAUUUGGAGGAACAGGAAGACCAAGAACUUCAGAGAUCACCAUCAGUGGGCCAACACCUUUUGGUGGAAGAGGAAGACCAAGAACUUCAGAGACCACCAUCAGUGGGCCAACGCCAUUUGGAGGAACAGGAAGACCAAGAACUUCAGAGACCACCAUCAGUGGGCCAACACCAUUUGGUGGAACUGGAAGACCAAGAACUUCAGAGACCACCAUCAGUGUGCCAACACUAAUGACAGUGACAGGUGUACUUCCUGCUUCAGAGACCAGCAUUUCUGGGCCAACGCCAUUUGGAGGAGCAGGAAGACCAAGAACUUCAGAGACCACCUUCAGUGGGCCAACACCAUUUGGUGGAACUGGAAGACCAAGAACUUCAGAGACCACCAUCAGUGGGCCAACGCCAGUUGGUAGAACUGGAAGGCCAAGAACUUCAGCGACCACCAUCAGUGUGCGAACACUAACGACAGUGACAGGUGUACUUCCUGCUUCAGAGACCAGCAUUUCUGGGCCAACACCAUUUGGUGGAACUGGAAGGCCAAGAACUUCAGAGACCACCAUCAGUGGGCCAACACCAUUUGGAGGAACAGGGAGACCAACAACUUCAGAGACUACCGUCAGUGGUGUGCGAACACUAACGACAGUGACAGGUGUACUUCCUGCUUCAGAGACCAGCAUUUCUGGGCCAACGCCAUUUGGAGGAACAGGAAGACCAAGAACUUCAGAGACCACCAUCAGUGGGCCAACACCAUUUGGUGGAACUGGAAGACCAAGAACUUCAGAGACCACCAUCAAUGGGCCAACACCAUUUGGAGGAACAGGGAGACCAACAACUUCAGAGACUACCGUCAGUGGUGUGCGAACACUAACGACAGUGACAGGUGUACUUCCUGCUUCAGAGACCAGCAUUUCUGGGCCAACGCCAUUUGGAGGAACAGGAAGACCAAGAACUUCAGAGACCACCAUCAGUGGGCCAACACCAUUUGGUGGAACUGGAAGACCAAGAACUUCAGAGACCACCAUCAAUGGGCCAACACCAUUUGGAGGAACAGGGAGACCAACAACUUCAGAGACUACCGUCAGUGGUGUGCGAACACUAACGACAGUGACAGGUGUACUUCCUGCUUCAGAGACCAGCAUUUCUGGGCCAACGCCAUUUGGAGGAACAGGAAGACCAAGAACUUCAGAGACCACCAUCAGUGGGCCAACACCAUUUGGUGGAACUGGAAGACCAAGAACUUCAGAGACCACCAUCAAUGGGCCAACACCAUUUGGAGGAACAGGGAGACCAACAACUUCAGAGACUACCGUCAGUGGUGUGCGAACACUAACGACAGUGACAGGUGUACUUCCUGCUUCAGAGACCAGCAUUUCUGGGCCAACGCCAUUUGGAGGAACAGGAAGACCAAGAACUUCAGAGACCACCAUCAGUGGGCCAACACCAUUUGGUGGAACUGGAAGACCAAGAACUUCAGAGACCACCAUCAAUGGGCCAACACCAUUUGGAGGAACAGGGAGACCAACAACUUCAGAGACUACCGUCAGUGGUGUGCGAACACUAACGACAGUGACAGGUGUACUUCCUGCUUCAGAGACCAGCAUUUCUGGGCCAACGCCAUUUGGAGGAACAGGAAGACCAAGAACUUCAGAGACCACCAUCAGUGGGCCAACACCAUUUGGUGGAACUGGAAGACCAAGAACUUCAGAGACCACCAUCAAUGGGCCAACACCAUUUGGAGGAACAGGGAGACCAACAACUUCAGAGACUACCGUCAGUGGUGUGCGAACACUAACGACAGUGACAGGUGUACUUCCUGCUUCAGAGACCAGCAUUUCUGGGCCAACGCCAUUUGGAGGAACAGGAAGACCAAGAACUUCAGAGACCACCAUCAGUGGGCCAACACCAUUUGGUGGAACUGGAAGACCAAGAACUUCAGAGACCACCAUCAAUGGGCCAACACCAUUUGGAGGAACAGUGAGACCAACAACUUCAGAGACUACCGUCAGUGGUGUGCGAACACUAACGACAGUGACAGGUGUACUUCCUGCUUCAGAGACCAGCAUUUCUGGGCCAACGCCAUUUGGAGGAACAGGAAGACCAAGAACUUCAGAGACCACCAUCAGUGGGCCAACACCAUUUGGUGGAACUGGAAGACCAAGAACUUCAGAGACCACCAUCAAUGGGCCAACACCAUUUGGAGGAACAGGGAGACCAACAACUUCAGAGACUACCGUCAGUGGUGUGCGAACACUAACGACAGUGACAGGUGUACUUCCUGCUUCAGAGACCAGCAUUUCUGGGCCAACGCCAUUUGGAGGAACAGGAAGACCAAGAACUUCAGAGACCACCAUCAGUGGGCCAACACCAUUUGGUGGAACUGGAAGACCAAGAACUUCAGAGACCACCAUCAAUGGGCCAACACCAUUUGGAGGAACAGGGAGACCAACAACUUCAGAGACUACCGUCAGUGGUGUGCGAACACUAACGACAGUGACAGGUGUACUUCCUGCUUCAGAGACCAGCAUUUCUGGGCCAACGCCAUUUGGAGGAACAGGAAGACCAAGAACUUCAGAGACCACCAUCAGUGGGCCAACACCAUUUGGUGGAACUGGAAGACCAAGAACUUCAGAGACCACCAUCAAUGGGCCAACACCAUUUGGAGGAACAGGGAGACCAACAACUUCAGAGACUACCGUCAGUGGUGUGCGAACACUAACGACAGUGACAGGUGUACUUCCUGCUUCAGAGACCAGCAUUUCUGGGCCAACGCCAUUUGGAGGAACAGGAAGACCAAGAACUUCAGAGACCACCAUCAGUGGGCCAACACCAUUUGGUGGAACUGGAAGACCAAGAACUUCAGAGACCACCAUCAAUGGGCCAACACCAUUUGGAGGAACAGGGAGACCAACAACUUCAGAGACUACCGUCAGUGGUGUGCGAACACUAACGACAGUGACAGGUGUACUUCCUGCUUCAGAGACCAGCAUUUCUGGGCCAACGCCAUUUGGAGGAACAGGAAGACCAAGAACUUCAGAGACCACCAUCAGUGGGCCAACACCAUUUGGUGGAACUGGAAGACCAAGAACUUCAGAGACCACCAUCAGUGUGCCAACACUAACGACAAUGACAGGUGUAAUUCCUGCUUCAGAGACUAGCAUUUCUGGACCAACGCCAUUUGGAGGAACAGGAAGACCAAGAACUUCAGAGACCACCAUCAGUGGCCGAACACCAUUUGGUGGAACUGGAAGGCCAAGAACUUCAGAGUCCACCAUCAAUGGGCCAACAACAUUUGGAGGAACAGGGACACCAACAACUUCAGAGACCACCAUCAGUGGUGUGCGAACACUAACGACAGUGACAGGUGUACUUCCUGCUUCAGAGACCAGCACUUCUGGGCCAACGCCAUUUGGAGGAACAGGAAGACCGAGAAUUUCAGAAACCACCAUCGGUGGGCCAACACCAUUUGUUGGAACUGGAAGACCAAGAACAUCAGAGACCACCAUCAGUGGGCCAACACCAUUUGGAGGAACAUGGAGACCAACCACUUCAGAGACCACCAUCAGUGGUGUGCCAACACUAACUACAGUGACAGGUAUACUUCCUGCUUCAGAGACCAGCGUUAAUGGGCCAACACCAUUUGGAGGAACAGGAAGACCAUUAACUUCAGAGACCACCAUCAGUGGGCCAGCGCCAUUUGGAGUAACAGGAAGACCAACAACUUCAGAGAUCACCAUCAGUGUGCCAACACCGACUACUGUGACAGGUGUACCUCCUGCUUCUGAGACCAGCAUUACUGGGCCAACACCAUUUGGAGGAACAGGAAGACCAACAACUUCAGAGACCACCAUCAGUGGACCAACAUCAACUACAGUGACGGGAAGACCAACAAUUUAUGAGACCUCCAUAACUGGUAUUACUCAUUCAACACUUAUAGUUACCAUGCCUGAAACCACAAUACCUACAUGUAAGAUUGGACGUGAUCCAAAUAAUUCAUGCAUUUCUUAUAGCUGUGUAAACAAUGCACAAAUGAUUCAUGAAAUAGCCUGUGAAGAGCUUGCAAUCUGUUCUGAGUCUGAAAAAAUCUGGGAUGACAUUCAUUGCUGCUAUUCAUGUCCUCAACGAGUCAAAAUUUGUAAACCUCAAUCUUAUAAAAAGACUGUUAAGGUGGAAUCCUGUAAACCAGUUGAUAUUAACCUCAGAAGAUGUGAAGGAUAUUGUGCAGGAUCAGCAAAAUAUGAAGUUAUCGUAGGCCGUAUGAUGCACGAGUGUACAUGCUGUCAUGAAGAUGAGAUAGAAGAAAGGCAAUUAGAACUUCAGUGUGACAUUGUACAUAAUGUCUUCAAAUAUAUUUUCAUCAAGUCAUGUACAUGCAGAAAAUGUAAGGGCUCAGAGUAAUUAGUAAUGUGACGAUGGAUUCGCUCAGCAGCAUACAACUUAUGUAAAUGAUUUGGAAAUAUGAAAUUAAACCCAACUGGGAAAAUUGCUUUUGCAAUGUAGUUGCUAACUUGCUCUGAAUCAUUUGCUGCAUGACAAUAAAGUGAAUAUCUUAUUUCAAGUAAAAUAUUCCUCUGCUGUCAUAGAUUGAGAAAUCUUCCCUUUCUGUUG